AUUGACAGGGUUAAUCUGGAAAUGGAAUCUGCUGAACGUGAAUAUGUGAAUCGGGCAGCUGAGCUUAGAUAUGGAACUCUAAUGUCCAUUCAGCGAAAGUUAGAAGUUGCUGAAAAGAACCUUGCUGAGUUUCGAGAAUCUGGAAGUUCUUUGCUUCGAGAAGAGGUUACAGAUCUUGAUAUUGUAGAAAUCGUCAAAUGGACUGGCAUACCCUUGUCAAACCUUCAACAGACAGAGAGAGAGAAACUGGUCUUCUUGGAACAAGAACUUCACAAAAGGAUAAUAGGUCAGGAUAUGGCUGUAAAAUCAGUGGCUGAUGCAAUCCGGCGGUCAAGGGCAGGUUUGUCAGAUCCAAAUCGCCCAAUAGCCAGUUUUAUGUUCAUGGGUCCUACUGGUGUUGGUAAAACUGAGCUUGCCAAAACUUUAGCUGGCUUUCUAUUUAACACAGAAAAGGCCUUGGUCAGAAUUGAUAUGAGCGAAUACAUGGAGAAGCAUGCAGUUUCCCGUUUGGUAGGUGCCCCACCAGGCUAUAUAGGUUAUGAAGAAGGUGGACAGCUUACUGAAGUUGUUCGACGAAGGCCAUACUCAGUGGUACUUUUUGAUGAAAUUGAAAAGGCACAUCAUGAUGUCUUUAACAUAUUGUUACAGUUGUUGGAUGAUGGAAGGAUAACUGAUUCUCAAGGACGGACUGUUAGUUUUACGAAUACUGUUGUGAUAAUGACUUCAAAUAUUGGCUCCCAUUAUAUACUUGAGACUCUUCGGAAUAGACAAGACAGCAAGGAAGUGGUUUAUGAUAUUAUGAAAAGACAAGUUGUUGACUUAGCAAGGGAAACAUUUCGCCCCGAGUUCUUGAAUAGAAUCGACGAGUAUAUUGUUUUCCAGCCUUUGGACUCUAAAGAAAUAAGGAGAAUUGUUGAGUUGCAGAUGAACCGAUUAAGGGACAGGCUCAAACAAAAGAAAAUAUAUCUUCAGUACACAAAGGGAGCCAUGGAGCUUCUGGCAACAUUGGGAUUUGAUCCAAACUUUGGAGCUAGACCGGUUAAGAGGGUGAUUCAGCAACUGGUUGAGAAUGAAAUUGCAAUGGGAGUCCUGAGAGGAGAUUUCAAGGAGGAAGACUCUGUUAUUGUUGAUCUUGAUACAUCUGCAUCAGCGAAAGAGCUUCCUCCACAAGACGGACUGUGCAUCAAGAAAUUGGAAAAUGUUUCCUCUCUGGAUGCAAUGGUUGCUAAUGACCAAGGCAAGUGUUUUUAACUCGUAAAUAUAUCAAACAAAAGUUCAAUUGGUUUCUUUUUGGGUAAUCGGAUUUAUUUGUGUAAAGAUAGAAAAU